AUGAGCGACAAUAAUAACAUUAGAAGUGAAGAGGCAAACUCUGUACUGCAGUCUGCAGGCACAAAACGAGGUCAGGAUUCACUCGAUGGUCCCGCAACCAAGAGAGCACAUGUUGAAGGAGACGACAAUCAGCUAGCUGUGAAAAUUUUGAUUCCUUCGGCGGCGGUGGGAGCGAUAAUUGGUAAAGGUGGUGAAGCAAUGAGAAAUUUGAAAAAUGAUCACCAGUGCCGUGUUCAGAUGAGCAAGAGUUCCGAGACAUAUCCAGGAACUAGCGAGCGAAUUUGUCUGGUGAAAGGACGCGUACAAAACGUGCUGGGUGUCAUUGAUGUUAUACUGCAGAAGAUUAACGAGAAGUGUGAAGGUUCUACCAAUUCUGACGCGUUUGAUCACAAGGGAGUCAGCCGUGGGAACGAGGUGUUUCCCAAAGCAGGUUCUUCCGAGGCUCAGAACUCACAAGAGCGAAUUGUAACACUUGCUCAUGAGGAUCAUGCGCAGCUAAUUCAAGCAACUUGUCGAGUACUAGAAAAAGUCGUCGCCGAUCCUCAUCACAUGAGCGAAAUCAAUAAGGAAGACUUUGGUGGAAAAGGCGGGCCGGUGAGAUCAUUCGGGCAUCAAGGGAGUCAGCAGCAGGCGAUGAAGUUCAAUCCUAUGGGUGGACUUGGAAAUCAUGAGCUUCUAUCGUUCCUCGACAAUCUUCAGUCAACUCUUCGCUCAUCUGGCUUCAACGAGGCGAGCGUAGCUGAGGUGAUGCAGGCCAUGCAGGUGCUCGCUAAGUACAACAUUAUGGGCCUUGGUCUUGGACUAGGCGUUGCGGCAAUGGCGCAAAUGCGAUCAGCGGAGGCCCCACAGAUUUCGGCUAAUCAUGGUGUUGCUGGUUUUGGUGAUCAUGGUGGACAUGCCGGCGGCGACCAGCCUCCUGCUGUCAAUCUGCUCUUGGUGGAUGUGUUGCGAAGUGGGUCAGGAGCUGCAGCAAACGGUGAAAAUUUCGCAGCAUCUGUUAUGGUCGAGCGUCGCAUUUCCAGCGAUUCGAUUGAACUAGAGGUUCCCGACACUAUUGUCGGUGCGGUAUUGGGUCCGAAAGCGAAAACGCUGCAGGAAAUACAGUUUUACAGUGGAUGCAAAGUUCAGGUGUUCAAGAGGGAUGCAAAGGCAGAUUUACCAGUUGGAACAAGGCUUAUCAGUUUGGCUGGCGAUGAAAAAAAUAUGCAUAUGUGCAGAUUGAUGAUAGAACGUGUGGUCAAUGAAGCACAGGAGCGCAGGGUUCCCGACACUAUUGUCGGUGCGGUAUUGGGUCCGAAAGCGAAAACGCUGCAGGAAAUACAGUUUUACAGUGGAUGCAAAGUUCAGGUGUUCAAGAGGGAUGCAAAGGCAGAUUUACCAGUUGGAACAAGGCUUAUCAGUUUGGCUGGCGAUGAAAAAAAUAUGCAUAUGUGCAGAUUGAUGAUAGAACGUGUGGUCAAUGAAGCACAGGAGCGCAGGGUGGGGACUCGUUCCUAG